CCAAAUAGAUCUGGUAAUGCGACUCGAGCAAAAACGUAUUCCUCUGCGAGUACUUCUUCCCAAGGAAGUUCCAAACGUAAAAAACGAAAAUCCGUUUCCAAACUCACGUUUGAACAAGAAGAAGAAAUUCGUGAAGCCUUUAAUUUAUUUGAUCCAGAUGGAACAGGUAUCAUGGACGUAAAAGAAUUGAAAGUAGCAAUUCAUGCUCUUGGUUUCGAGCCUAAAGAUGAAGAAGAACGUCUUAUAAACGAAGUUGAUCAUUGCGAAAAUGGAACUAUCAAUUUUGAAUCAUUUUUAGCGAUUGUGGAAACAAAAAUGUCUGAGCGUAAUGUGGAAAAUGAUUUUUUAAAGAUAUUUAAUCUUUUUGAUGAUGAUGCCACUGGAAAGAUAACUUUCAAAAAUUUAAAACGUGUCGCUAAAGAAUUAGGUGAGGAUAUUACCGAUGCUCAAUUAAGAGAAAUGAUCGAAGAAGCUGACUUGAAUGGCGAUGGUGGUGUUGAUCAAGAUGA